AAAUAAAAGUGUAUAUGCAUGAAUAAAUAAUAAAGAAAUACCAAUGUUUUUUCUUAGGAAGGGUUCCACAGUCAACAUUUGGUGGAGUAGCCUCGAUUCAUAAAAAAUAAAAAAAAAGAGAAGAAAAACAUGUGGCGUUCAUUUUUCUCCAGAGCUGUGUGGUUGGUGAAAUUGAGCCGGGGGGGCAGUUGUCCCCUGCAGGGGUGGUAGGGGGUUAAAUAAAGGGGACCCCCGUUAUGCACACAGGCGCCAGGACGCUGGGGCUCGAUCGGAGGGUUAAAUAAAGGGCGUGUGGGUGUGUGUGUGUCCGCAGCAUGACGACCCCAGAGCCUGAGUGCACUUCCUGCCUGGAGAAUGCCAUGCAGCUGAUGAUACAGACCUUCCACAAGUACUCCGGCAAGGAGGGCGACAAGUUCACCCUCAGCCGGGCGGAGCUCCGAGAGCUGCUGACUGAGGAGCUGGGGCACUACUUAGGGAACGCCCAGGACAAGGAAGCGGUGGACAAAGUUAUGGCCGACCUGGACGCCAACAACGACGGGGAGGUGGACUUCACCGAAUUCAUCAUCCUGGUGGGGGCGCUCACGGUGGCCUGCAACGACUUCUUCGACAAGGACAAGAAGUAGAAGAGCAGAGGAGGCGGGAGGGAGGGUGAGAACGGGAGGGGCGAGAGGACGUCGUCUCCACGACAACGAUGAGGACGAAGAAGACAACGACGAAGAAACACAGCCCCACACACGCACACACACAUUCUCUCUCUCUCUCACACGCCCACACACACUCGCUCUCUCUCACACACACACACACACACACUCUCACACACACACUCACACACUCUCACGCUCUCACACGCAAUCUCUCUCACUCACACACACAUACACACACACACACACAUUCCUCACGACAGAAGGGGAGUGUGAUAACAAACAGGGUGCAGGGGACACGGUCACGGAAAAGACGGAAACAGCGUCACCUCUCACCCGCUUCAGCCCUCUCUCGUGUGACACUGUCACUGGAUCUAUCUUCCCGUAAUUCCUCUAAAAACCCUGAGUUUUUGUGUCUGUUGAAAGUCCAACCCUCAGCCAUGGGGACCAAAGCAAAUGUAACAUAACACAUUUUGAGUAAUGUCCACAAGAAUUUUGUUUUUCAAAGAGAUUAAUAUUGAUAUAGAUAUUUGUUAUUUAUUCAAUGUUAAAUGAGUGAAUGGUUUCUUCUUUAUAGGGUUGUCACUGAUCUUCUCUUGUUAUGUACCAAACUGUUCCUCCUUAUUUAAAUAAACCUAAUA